UGAGAGGGUGUUGGUUGUUUUUCUAAAACAGCGAGCCCCCUGGAUCUGAUUUAUUUGUGAAAGCAAACGCAAUCAAUCACACGUAUAAAUACAAGCCCAACACUAACUACUGAAAAAAAAGAAAUCCCAUAAAUUCGGACUCGCCCAAAAUAGCUUUCUUUCUUUCUUUCAUUCAUUCUUUCACUUUUUUUUCUCUCUCUAAUCUAAUCUCUGCCCUUCUGCUUUGUGCUUUUCAAUCUCACUCUUUAACGACCCCGAAAGUGCUAGGAGCCUCAAAACCCUAACAACUGUUCUUGUUGGAUACUGUAGGAGGGUGGGUGCUAUAUUUCACUGAAAUUUUGGCAUUAUUUGGUGGCGUGAUAACUGCUUUGUAUUGUUGGAUUCCGUGGAUCGCUGAUCCAUUAUUGGGUACUGUGUCUCAUGCAUUUGGGAUCUCAGUUUUGCUAUUCUGAGUUAUGCUUGUGAAUUGAAUUGUGAUGGACUUCUAAAUAAAUCUCUGAGUCUGCUGGUUUGUCGAAGCAACAAAGAUCUGCAACGAAGUGCAAAUUAUUGUUUCAAUGCAAGCAGGGGUUGUCUGGAUUCAUAGUAACGUGUAUAGAAGCUUGUGUGCUGUAGUAGGUUAUGGUUGUCCCUGUUCUUGGAGAUUUAGGUUUAAGGGAUUGAUCAUUUAGUGAAGUUUUAUUUAACUAGAUUGUUGAAAAGGGGUUCAACAAUUUGGACAUGAGAAGCUUCUGGUGGAAUAAAUUAUCUGUCAUUUUCGGCCCUAGACCGCCGCUCAGCUGGUUACUUUUGUGCUUCAUUUCUGCACUCGCACUAAUUGCAGUCUUAGGAUCUUCAUCUUCCAGUGCCUUUGACUCUAUAACUCCCACCACAGUUCCUGACAUUUAUUCAAACUAUAGACGGCUUAAAGAGCAGGCAGCAGUUGAUUAUCUGGAGCUUAGGUCUAUCUCUUUGGGAGCUACUCGGCAAAGGGAGCUUGACCUUUGUGGUAAAGAAAGAGAAAAUUAUGUACCCUGUUACAAUGUUACUGCAAAUCUUUUAGCUGGGUACAAAGAUGGGGAGGAAUUUGAUCGGCAUUGUGAACUAUCAAGAGAAGGAGAGCGGUGUUUGGUUCGCCCUCCUAAAGACUAUAAGAUCCCCUUAAGGUGGCCAGCUGGUAGGGAUGUGAUAUGGAGUGGAAAUGUCAAGAUAACCAAAGACCAAUUUCUUUCAUCUGGAAGCAUGACUAAAAGGUUGAUGUUACUUGAAGAAAACCAAAUUGCCUUUCACUCUGAGGAUGGUCUGAUCUUUGAUGGUGUCAAGGAUUAUUCUCGUCAAAUUGCCGAGAUGAUAGGGUUAGGAAGUGAGUCGGAAUUUCGACAGGCUGGUGUCCGAACUGUACUAGAUAUUGGUUGUGGGUUUGGUAGCUUUGGAGCUCAUUUAUUAUCACUCGGAGUAAUGCCUGUUUGUAUUGCGGAAUAUGAGGUAACAGGAAGUCAAGUUCAGCUGGCCCUUGAGAGAGGUCUUCCGGCAAUGAUUGGAAACUUCAUUACAAGACAGCUUCCAUAUCCAUCAUUGUCAUUUGACAUGGUUCACUGUGCUCAGUGUGGAGUCCUUUGGGACAAAAAAGAUGGGAUGCUACUCCUAGAAGUUGACCGGGUACUCAAGCCUGGAGGUUACUUUGUUUUAACCUCACCUGCAAGCAAUCCACAUGGAAGUUCAUUGAGUAUGAAGAAGAAAAGCAUGUCAACUCCAAUAGAAGAAUUGACUGAGAAAAUCUGUUGGAGUGUUCUUGCUCAACAGGAUGAAACUUUUGUUUGGCAAAAAACUGCUGAUUCUAGGUGCUAUACAACUCGCAAGCAUACUAUUCCACCAUGCAAAGAAGGGCAUGAGACACAAUCUUAUUAUCGAACCCUGGUGUCAUGUAUAAGUGGAACCAACAGCAAACACUGGUCUCCAAUACAAAACAAGUCCUCUGGUUCCAAAUUAAGCUCGGCAGAGAUUGAAAUUCAUGGAGUUCAGCCUGAAGAUUUCUAUGAAGACCUGGAGGUGUGGAGGUCAGCUCUGAAAAACUAUUGGUCUUUGCUUACACCCUUAAUUUUCUCUGACCACCCAAAGAGACCAGGUGAUGAAGACCCUUUACCACCAUUCAACAUGAUACGCAAUGUUAUGGACAUGAGUGCUCAUUAUGGGGGUUUAAAUGCUGCAUUUCUGGAGGAAAAGAAAUCUGCCUGGGUGAUGAAUGUUGUGCCUGUCAGAGCUCCUAAUACACUUCCUCUAAUUCUAGAUCAAGGGUAUGCUGGUGUUUUGCAUGAUUGGUGUGAACCCUUCCCCACAUACGCCCGAACAUACGAUAUGCUUCAUGCAAAUGGGCUACUCUCUCAUCUCGGUUCAGACAGGUGUAGCAUGAGGGAUUUGUUCUUGGAGAUGGAUAGGAUAUUACGCCCUGAGGGAUGGGUCAUUCUUAGUGAUAAAGUGGGAGCAAUAGAGAUGGCACGCAUACAUGCCACACAAGUACGCUGGGAGGCAAGGGUGAUUGACCUUCAAAAUGGCAGUGACCAGCGGCUGCUUGUUUGUCAAAAACCAUUUGUGAGAAAAUGAUGGAUUUAGACGAAGUCUUACCACAUGAAAGUGUACAAUUCUUUUUGCUCCGGUAAUUUCUCUACUCUUUCACCAAACUGGCCGAUAUCCAACUACUGACGUGGAAAAGUAGUCAUGUUAAUUGUUUAAGCAGGUCUCAUUUAUUAGAUCAGAGUAGGAUUUUCCAUUUAAAGCUUCAUGAACUACUCAAAAAUCCCAUAAUUCACUGAUGCUGAAAGGCCCUUUGCCUAUUUAAAGAGUGUUGCUGCACCUUACUUUACUGGCGUAUAGGAUGGAGACUGAGCUCUAGACCGUGAGAUCAAAGUGGAUACAGACAGAACACACCCCCUUAGUGGGGCAACCAGGGACAUGCCUCUAAUGAGAGCUUAGGGAUUGAACUAGCAGUGCCAUGGUAAAGUUAACAAGAAAUGUCUGCCUGUUUACUUCAAUUAUAAACUGAAGCAGCUUAAUGCAACAAAGUCGUAAACGCAAUAGAAAUAGUAGAAACCACACCAUUUAUGGUUCUAAUUAUCCCUUUGUUUCAUGUGUUUCAUUCUUUCCCCGGUCAUGAGAGCUUAUCAUCUAUCCAACUCUCCCCAGCUAGAUUAUCACUGAACUAAUGCCAGAUGGCAUUGGAACUUUUCAUAUUGAUUAGAGGAAUUCCUAUCAGAAGAUUGUAAUGCUAGCUUCUGAGGCUAUAAACUUCAAGAAUCCCUGGUAGUAUGAGAGAGAGAGAGAGAGAUGUAUGAUGAUUUAAAUUCAUGUUCUGAGAUAUUUGUUGGGAUUACUUUGUUGUGAAACUGAGGAGGUGUUGAUGUUUUGCAGCUGACUAGGAUGUUAUCCAUAUUUAUUAUCAGAAUAUGAAAAUCAUAUGAAUGCAAAUCCGUGUACUCUAUGCUGGGAAUCUUAAGGAUCUGAUGGCCUGGAAUGGGGGUAUGUGGAAGCUGUAGAUUAGAAGGUUUGACGCCAAAGUAGCUGCACCUAUUUUUUUUUUUUUCCCCAUUUUUUUCCUUUUUGUCACGGCUUUUGUAGUAAUUCAUUCAAUCCAUUUUUUUUCAAAUUUUUGUCCUAUUUCUUUAUUGAUUUUGAUAGAAUGUCAAAGGGCCAGGAAAUGUCUUGUGUUA